AUUGCGCUGAAGCAUUGACAUCAGAGACCGUCGUCCAUACUAUCGUUCCGUGUAGAUGCUAUUGUGGUGAAAGCAAGAAUGCAGGUGUUCUUGUGACUCGGUCUCAAAUACUUGGUCACUCGUUUAUCGAUAAAGCCAUCAGCAUUAAGUACUAGGUACAUACACGCCUACGUCAACUUCAGCCUCUCUCCGCAGUGACACCUAAACUCACGUUUAUUGAUUAUCACUUGCGUUUGCACCUACUCAACAACACUCACUCGACACGCUCUUUGACGUCGUAUCUCUCGUGCAUUUCUUCCACAAGACAAAGAUUUCAUUGAAACCAUCUCCCCGACAGUUUAUUUGGUCCAUCGCCACUCUUCCCCCGCCUCUGGCGAUACCCUCCGCACCGCCUCAGGCGCAUGACGCAGCCUUACUUCUCACCAGCAAGCGCUGAAUCAUAGCCUUGCUCGUCCAACCCAUCGGGGCCUGGAGAAACACCACAUAUUACCAAAUGUCAGAUACACGACGAUUGACGGGAGAGCGAGUCUUCUGCCACCAGUGCAACCAUGAGUGGCAAAGAGCGCAGGGUGGUUUGACUUGCCCAAGAUGCGAAGGCGAUUUUACCGAAAUAUUGGAAGCUGAACCCGAGAUAGAGGAAGAGUAUGGUGUCCAACAACCGGCACCCGGACUCGCUCGUGACCCGCUGUCAAACCCUGCCUUCCCAUUUCACGACCACAAUCCAUGGGACGACCUAGACGAUCUAGAUCCUAAUCCGCGCAACAACUUCACGACCUUUGAAUUCACAAACAAUGGUGGAGGUGGUAGAAUAUCUUUCAGCACACGAUCAGUUCGGAUCGGAGGGCACGGAAACGGAAUCAAUUCCCGAGGGAUGGAACCUCUACCACUACCAAACACGAACCCCUUUGCAGCAGGCGUCUUUCCACCAGGCGCUUUUCCACGAGACCCUCAUGCUCCAUUACAGUCUGGAAAUCUGCAAGACCUAUUCUCCCUCAUCCUUCACUCGAUGCAGCCACCUGGACCCAUCAACGCAAACACAAAUAACCGACGAGGACAGAACCUCCCGCCCAACCCCUUCGACCUUCUAAAUCAGCUAUUCAACCCUGGUAACGCGCAGCAUGGCGACAUGGUGUUCACCCAAGACGCCUUUGAUCGUGUCAUGACACAGCUCAUGGAUCAGAACAAUGCGGGCAAUGCGCCGCCGCCGGCAUCCGAAGAUGCUAUCAGAUCGCUUAGCAAGAAGAAAGUGGACGAGGAGAUGCUGGGCAACGAGGGCUCUGCUGAAUGUUCAAUAUGCAUGGAUAAUGUGGAAUUAGGACAAGAAGUGACUGUCUUGCCUUGCAAGCACUGGUUCCAUGGCGACUGCGUAACGGCAUGGCUGAAAGAGCACGAUACAUGCCCGCAUUGUCGAAAACCCAUCACAAAUUCAGAGCAACCUCCAUCACGUCAGAGACGAAGAUCGAGCAUCCGACCAUCAUCUGUGUCGAGUCCACGGGGAUAUGGACCUGAAGGCAGCCGUUAUCGUGAUGGUGUUGGGAUCCCAGAAAGUCCCAGCGAAUUACACGAAGCCCGACAGUCUUAUUAUGGAAGCAGGAGUGACCCAGAAAUCGAACUUCCCCAGCCCAGGCGGCAGACAAGCAGUCACAGUAGUCGUCGACACAUCACGCGGAAUUCCACUAGUGCUAGUGGAAGCAGCAGGAAUAACAAUACUGGCGGUGGCGUGACGGGCUGGAUCAGGGAUCAUUUGCCAUUUUCAUGAUUUGAAAUGGACUGUGGAAAUGUCAAUGAGCGUCUUUUCGGCAACCAAAAGGUACCUAGCAUGGCGCUGUGGGAACGAUGUCGGCAUUCGCGGUAUGACUCCGGUGUGAUCCUGGACACGUGAAUUUUCCCUUCGCAGACUUGGAAGAGAUGAUAAAACGGUCUUGGGCUACAGGGGUACAUCGCAUGUACCCAUUCAUGAGGUCCCAGCUUGGUUUCGACCUGCUGUAUGGAUUAUUU